UGCAAACUGCAAAGUGAAAGCGAAAGAAAGAGUGGAAUUUUAGGGGAAAUCCAACGGCCAAAACACUUCUUCGUGAAGAAACGGCCUUCGUGAAAACUUAAAACUGCAGACAGAUUGGUACAACUGUCCAUCGACAACAAUCAUGGCAAAUAUUUCGACAAUUUACAAGCUUUCUUUGCUCGCAUUAACUUACUUCCUGCACGUCGGUGCGUCGACUUGCCCGGUUCUGGAGUGCUGGUUCGUGCAGGAGAAGCCAGGCAGAGGGUUCCCUGCGGCUAUGACACAGGAGAAAUCACUGUUGGUCAUCAGAACCGACCCAGAAAGCCAAGGAACUGGGUCACUACUGAAACCGUCGUCAGACAUAAACCCAGAGAGGGUUUAUUACAUCACAGACCCUGCUGCCACCUUCUGCCACUCCUCCCUCCACCCACCAGGGGGUGCUGUGGAGAAACCCCAGUGUGAGCUCAACCCUUUCCUGCCGCAGCCCUCCACCGUCCAAUGGGCCGCUCCGCUCACACACUCUGCCCUCAGCCCCAUCUACCUGCAAGCUGAUUGGUACUCGGCUGCCUUGCAGGGCCUUGACAGACAGCUGACCCUGUCCAGUGUCAUGCGCGCUCCUACGGCAACUAAAGAACCCCAAGUGAUCCUCAGUGUGUCCAGUAGAACCGUGAGGGUCCAGUCCAGACUGGGAGAACCGGUUCUCCUGGACUGUGGGUUCUGGGUGGACCCCUCCUCUCCCCUGUCCGGGUCGGGCUUUGCCAUGGAGUGGCGGUACCAGUUCAGGGGCGACGGACGAUUGGUCCUGGCCUACGACGGCAAGGGCGACCGAUUAGCUGAUAACUGGGAGGCAGGGGCGGGGCUGGACAUCAAUGCCCUCCACAAGACAGGAAACGCAUCACUGAUCCUGCAGGAAGCCCAGGUGCGCCACUCUGGAACGUACAUCUGCACAGUGUAUCUGCCCUAUCUGCUGGCUCAGGUGGCGGUGGACCUGGAAAUAGUGGAGCCCCCCUCCCUCUCCAUCUCCCCCUCCCCGCUCCCCCUCUCCGCCCCGGGCCAGCUGGUGGUGGUGCAGUGUGAGGCGUCAGGCUUCGCCCCCCUGUCCCUGGAGCUGGGCUGGGAGCUGAGCGGGGCAGGGGGGGUCCAGGACCUGGGCCGGGGCAGCGUGACGGGCCACAGGCAGGCCUCUGACGGCACCUACAGCCAGAGCUCCCGUCUGGAGCUGGACCCAGCCAGGGUGGGGGGGGAGCGGGGGGGGCAGGUCAGCUGUGUGGCCGUCCACCAGGGGGGCACCAGACGAGUCAGCGUGUCCCUCAACGUGAUUGGAGUCAGCACUCCCUCUAUUGAGGACUCCAUGGCGAUGGUUGCCGUGGCGCUGGGACUCUAUGGUUUGAUCAAGGUCUUCUCCUGGACAGUCAGCAGCUCUGACUCCACUGCUGCUGACACACAGGAGAAGAAGGAGAAUUAAAGAGUAGGAGCUGCAUAGGGGCCUGGGUGGUGUCUGAGAACUGAAGAGACCAGGACUGUUUGUAAAUGUGCCAAUUUAUACUUUUCUCUAAAGAAGUAAAAUGGCUGAGUGGUUGUUAAUAUUCUUCUUUCUCUCUGAUGAUAUUGCAGUAGAGACAGUAAUUUAUUGUAGAGUUUUGUACAGAAUGAGGGGGUUGAGUUUUGAGAGUUGAGGACUGUUGUUGUUUUCUCUCAUGUCAUAUUUAGGCAAGAUAGCUGAGCUUUUUCUUUCAUUGUUUGUAGCUGCAAAUUUGCAUAAAUUGAAUAAAACGUGAUUGUUUUUGAUAAAA